AAGAAAGAAAGAAAGCUGUUCGAUCUGGUCUCAUCAAUCUAUGGGUAAAACAAUGAGGAAGAGAAACAUAUUCACUGUGAACACGUGACAAUAUAGUUAACGUUAUAAACGGCAGGCUAUUGUGACUGUGUGUAGUACAGUAUCUGUAUGCAACACCUAUUAGUAAUGUUUGAUUGCUGCGAUUAACUUUUCUUUUGUUGUUGUGAAUGGUGAUGCACGGAUCAAAUUCACCCCUCGGGCACGAUGGUUUGGUUUAUGGAAGGAAUGUGCUUUUUACCUACUUUUUUGGUCAUCUGGUCAUCGAGCACGUUCAUAGUUUCUUAUAUCAUCGCAUUGUUUCGGCGAGAUGUUGAUGUUAUCGUCCCGUAUAUAAGUGAUACAGGAGCCAUUCCGCCGGAGAGCUGUGUGUUUGGGUUUAUGUCUACAAUUACAGCCUUUGCAGCAUUUGCCACAAUGUACGCAGGAUAUAAGUUUGUGGAGAGGGUACAUGAGACAACGGGUGCAGUGUCUCCUCAUCUGAACAAGGCAUCGUUUGGUUUUGGCAUCUUAUCUUGUGUUGGCAUGUGUUUUGUGGCUACAUUUCAGGAGACAACAGUGGUAUACGCUCAUGAUUUUGGAGCAUUACUGUUUUUCGUCUGUGGAGUUGUAUACACUGUUCUUCAAAGCGUGAUAUCAUACCGUGGUCAUCCUUAUGGAUCUUCAAAGGCCGUGUGUCAUGUCCGUGCAAUCUUUGCUGCAGUGGCCUUUCUGGCAGUAUUUCCCACCAUUAUCUGUGGAGUACAAGUCGGAACAAGUAAACUUCACUGGAACAGUGACGAUAAGGAUUACAAACUUCAUAUUGUGAGUGCUAUAUGCGAAUGGAUCACUGCCUUUAGUUUUGUGUUGUUCUUCUUUACCUACAUCCGAGAGUUCCAGGUGAGUAUACAGCAUUUAUUAACGGAUUUAUGUUAUGUUGUGUCACUGUUUCUUGAAGGAUAUUAGUUUGAUUGCCUGCAAAGUUUUCUAAUCCUGGCAUCACAUUUGCUCAUAACUCAUUUUGAUCAUGUAAAUCUAUCUGGGUGUGUCAAAAAAAAGGGGACAUUGAAAGUCUCUCUGGUAUGAAUCAUAACUCAUAUGACUCUUUCUCUUUCAGCAAUUCACUCUGAAACUGACCGUUAACUUGAGAGAGUGUUUGUGACCCCAACAUCAUACUGUAUUACAUGAGUCAAUUUGUUUACUGUGUUAAGGGCAUUUUAAUAGAUUUGUAUUUUUAUACAACUUGUACAUUUUUCAGGUUUAAAACGUCUGAUAUGGUGUAAUAAUUUGCAGUGUAUAAAUGUGUUGUUUUUACUACAGUCAGUUUUUGAACAUCAAAUCCUUUUUUUAAAAGGAAUAAAACAUGGACUUGAAACAUACACUUUAUGGGACCAUGUACCUGCUGCGUGAUCAUGAUUUUAAUUUGUAAAAAGCAUUUUAUAACCGAGACAAUAAAAGUGUAUAUUUAUACACCAUAAAAUGAGCCUUAGACAAAUGUUUACCUCGAUUUCUGUACUACGUGUAAAACGACCUUUGCUUUUGUUAUAUCAGAAUGUCAUGCUAUGUCCAUUAUUUCUGUAUUUGUUUAAACCCUGUAAUUAUUUAAAGCAUUUUACUUCACUGCAGCUAAUAAUGAACCACAACUGUGUUUAGAUUGUGAACUCUAUGCAGUGUGGUCUUGCACAACGAGUGUCUGAUUUUAUAAUUAUUAAAUAAA